AUUAAAGGAGCUUCAGAUUCAGCAUGAGAUGUGAAAAUUACAUCAGUAGUAUCAAAAUCAAGAGUAACAAAGGGAACAGAGCAGAUAGCCUGGCGGUUUGCUCGGCGCUCUGAAGCUCUCCCUUCUCCUUCCCAGUUCCUGUUUCCAAAACCCUAUCCGAUGACGAUCUCGGCGGCAUCUCCUUCCCUCUCCUUGUCGCCGUCGUCGGUGGCGCCUCCGCCUCCCUCUUCCUCUUCGUCUCUCCGCUCCGCACCCAACGCAAAUCCCCUCUGCCCCCCCUUCAAGGGAGCCGCGCUCCGCGUUGUCCGCUCGGAGCUCGCGACCCUCCCGGUGCUCUCCUUCUCGGGAGAGAAGGUGGGGGAGGCAGCGCUCGAGCUGCGGUCGACGCCUCCCGACACCGCCCGUGACGUCAUCCACCGGGCCCUCGUCACUAACCGCCAGAACAGGCGGCGCGGCACGGCCUCCACCCUGACCCGAGCCGAGGUGCGCGGCAGCGGCAGGAAGCCCUACCCCCAGAUGAAGACGGGGCGCGCCCCCCUCGGCUCCCAGCGCACCCCGCUCCGGCCACGCGGCGGCGUCGUCUUCGGCCCCAAGCCCCGCGGCUGGUCUGUCAAGAUCAACCGUAAGGAGAAGCGCCUCGCCAUCUCCACCGUCCUCGCCAGCGCCGCCGCCGACGCCCUCGUCGUGGAGGACUUCGAGGACCAGUUCGCCGGCGGCCCCAAGACCAAGGACUUCGUUGCGGCCAUGCGCCGAUGGGGGCUCGACCCCAAGCAGAAGGCUGCGUUCCUCGUGGCCGACGUGUCCGCCUGAGCACAUCAACGUGAGGAAGGGCCCUCGAGGGCAUCGAAGGUGAGUGGGAAGGGGCGGAGGACCGAAGGGGAUGGUAGUGAAGGGAAGUGAGGAGGCGCACAUGGUCAGGGAGGGAGGAGAGGUGUUUGGGGAGGGAAG